ACUCGCUUUCCCGGCGGCCAGUGCUGGUGCCGUGCGGAGCGGAGUCGGGCCGGGUCGGGCCGUUCGGGACUGCUGUCGCCGCUGUCGCUGCCGUCGGUCCCUGACCGGGCCGGCGCCGUCAUGGGCUCCUUGUUGAGCCGGCGGAUCGCGGGCGUGGAGGAUAUCGACAUCCAGGCCAACUCGGCCUAUCGCUACCCUCCCAAGUCCGGAAACUACUUUGCAAGUCACUUUUUCAUGGGAGGUGAGAAGUUUGACACCCCACAUCCUGAGGGUUACCUCUUUGGGGAGAACAUGGAUUUAAACUUCCUUGGGAAUAGACCAGUUCAGUUUCCUUAUGUAACCCCAGCACCACAUGAACCUGUGAAGACCCUGAGAAGUUUGGUGAACAUCCGCAAAGACUCGCUCCGUCUUGUGAGGUACAAAGAUGAUGUGGACAGUCCUGUGGAAGAGAAUGGGAAGCAGAAAGUCUUAUACAGCUUAGAAUUCACAUUUGAUGCUGAUGCCCGUGUUGCCAUCACAAUCUAUUGCCAGGCUACAGAGGAAUUCAUCAGUGGCAUGGCAGUAUACAGCACAAAGAAUCCUUCUCUGCAGUCUGAGACGGUUCAUUACAAGAGAGGGGUGAGCCAGCAAUUCUCCCUGCCUUCCUUCAAGAUCGAUUUCUCAGACUGGAAGGAUGAUGAGCUGAAUUUUGACUUGGAUCGUGGCGUGUUCCCUGUGGUUAUUCAAGCUGUCGUGGAUGAAGGGGAUGUGGUGGUGGAAGUUACUGGUCACGCUCAUGUUCUCUUGGCUGCCUUUGAAAAGCACGUUGAUGGCAGUUUCUCUGUGAAGCCUUUGAAACAGAAACAAAUUGUGGAUCGGGUGAGCUACCUGCUUCAGGAGAUCUAUGGCAUCGAGAACAAAAACAACCAGGAGACCAAGCCUUCUGAUGAUGAGAACAGUGACAAUAGCAAUGAGUGUGUUGUGUGCCUGUCUGACCUGCGAGACACCCUCAUCCUGCCUUGCAGGCACCUGUGCUUGUGUAAUUCCUGUGCUGACACUCUGCGCUACCAGGCCAACAACUGCCCUAUCUGCCGUCUGCCUUUCCGUGCCCUGCUGCAGAUCCGAGCUGUGAGGAAGAAGCCUGGGGCUUUAUCACCUGUCUCAUUCAGCCCUGUCCUCGCCCAAACCAUGGACCAUGAUGAACACUCUUGUCCCUUUAAAAAUCCCAAAGUGAACACUGUCACCCAGCCCAGCAAGAAACCUAAAAGAGAAACAAAUUCUGACAACAUUCCUCCUGGAUAUGAGCCCAUUUCCCUGCUGGAAGCUUUGAAUGGCCUCCGUUCCAUCUCACCAUCCAUUCCCUCAGCUCCUCUGUACGAUGAAAUCAACUACACCGGUGUGGUGGAUGGGCUGCCCCCGUCUGGCCGACCUCUUGUUGGGAUUGACAGAGCUGUGGAGAGUGGUCAUCAAAAGAACAAACGAAGCAAGUCUCCAGAUAGUACAUUAAGAUCUCCUUCAUCUCCAAUCCAUGAAGAAGAUGAGGAGAAGCUCUCAGAGGACUCCGACUCCCAGCCAGCACUGAGUGGUGCUGAGCUGGUUUUGAGAGAGGGCAGCUCUCCAGAAAGCAUGACAGCUGAAGAAAUUGAGGAGGCCUCAUCUCUGCAGCAAGGUAGCCACCCUCCCUCUGGUGAAGAUGUCCUGCAGGAGAGCAGCUGCAGUGAGCACAGGAGCCUUACACAGUCUGAGAGUGACCUUCCAGUAGACGUGUACCUGCCAGGAGGGCAGGGUGCCUUGGCCUGCACAAACCAGCACCACAGAGACACCAGGCCUGACUGCCUCACUCGCAGGGGAUUCCUGUCACCGCUGGAUCACAGCAAGUCACUCUGAUGCAGUGGGAGAUCAGCCCCAAGCCUUCAUGGAUGAGUAGUGAGGUUCCAUUGCUCCUCCCUCCCAAAGUAUGUGGAGCCUUCCUGCCUGCCACAGCCCAGGAGAUGGAGGAUUCCAGGCCACAGUCUGAGCCAGAGGGGCUUGGGGGACUGAGGCCAUCACAGCCUGCAGGGUGAGGGAGCCCCUGCACUAGAGGCAGCCUAGUGUGGAUUGCAGCUGGGCCUCUGCAUUUCCCCAGUUCGUGUGCCAGUGUCGCAGCCUUGUUUGUGCCCUUGCACCCACAAUGAUCAUGUUGCUCAGUGCCGUGGCCUUGCCGUGUGCCUUGUCCCUGCUUUCUGUGCUGUGGGGAGCUUCCCUGCACCUGGUGUUGGCCCAGCUGUGUUCUAGGGGUGCUGUGGGAGCAAGGGCAGCCUCAGGUCUCCCCUUGCCCAUAUCAGUCCUGUGGACAUGGCCACUGCUUGCUGCCUCCUCUGUGUCUCAGCACCUUCCUUCCCAGUGAGAUGGUGCCAGGGCUGCCCCUCUGAGCUGGAGCACAGAGCUGCCCAUCUCCACAGUGACAGAGGGUUGCUGCAGGCUUCUGCCAGCCAGGAUCCUGUUAUUUCUAUAUUUAUAGUAAUAAAUCCAUGCAGCCAUA